CUGCAAAUGAAGUAAUUUAUCCAAAUAUUCUUGCCUUAGUCAAACUCCAUCUAUGAGAUAAUUUUAGUAAUAUGGAUAACAAGGAUACCCAUAAUAAUCGCAAUAAUACAGCUCUCCUAAAGCUGCAAUCCCGUAAGAUUAGUUUAUAUAUAAAUUAGAUCGUUUCAAUAGACAGCACAAAAUCAAUAAUUGCAGACGUAACCAAUUGAUAUAUAUGAAAGACAACAAAGCAGACAAGGAAAUAGAGCAGACGUUCAUCAUUUUGAGAGACCGCUUUAAGUAGUGCCAUAGGAGGAUAUUGAAUAAAAGUGGAAGGAGAAAUGCUGUAUUAAAAUAGUGUUAUGAAUGAUAGUAAGACUCGAGAUGCAUGUAUAUGAAUUGCAAGUUGAGAUUUAAAGAUUGAGAUUGCAAAAUAGUAGUGGCUAGAUUACAUACAUCUAGGAUGACACAAGAGUAAUUUAGAUAUUUAGAGAGUUAGAUUAAUGAGUUAAUGUAAGCAAAUAAGGAGAUAAGGAAUUAAGAAUAAUAGANGUAAUCUCAAACCCAUUCAAGAUACUAGCAAUUUAAAAAUUGA